AUGUAUCGUCGGCAUUCGGAACGCAAUGGCGAAAGGGCGGCAGCCGCCGCCGCAGCAGCAGCAGCACGCAACACGGGAUCGGAAAUGAUGAGGCGAGUUGUGUGGCGCGACCGUGAUGAUAAUGUUGAACGGAACCGUCAUGCGACAGGGGAUGUGGUUUCCCGUUAUCGCGUCGUCAGAGCGGAAUCCGACCGACACCACAGUUUUGCGGACCAUAUUCUGGGAUCGAUCUUGUGUGCAUCUCAUCCGGAUUCGAUGGGAGAAGAUGUGGACAACAUUGAAUACUUGAAUUUGCUGGCUAGAAACUGA